AUGGCAACGCCCGGCGCCUGCGCCUCCAGCUCAGCGGCAACUUCCUGGCAAGUCCAGUUGGGAUUUCGGGGCCUGAAAACUCUUGACCUGCGUCAAGAGCAGGAAUGCAUUGUUAUUAACAUUUUCACUAGCAUUAGUAUGCUCAUCAAGCGAAAAAGACGUUCCACAGGAAACUGCUCGCCCGCAACCCCGCCGCGUGAGUGGCCCGACGGUGAUUGCUUUCGAUGCGGCGCCGCGCACCAGCCCCCAGCUGCCGCCAUGACCUUCCCAGCGGACCUCAUGCUGCGGGGUGGCACUGCGGUGUGCCGCUCCGUGCUGGGGCAGACCUCCCUUGACAUUGAGCUGGCCGCCGCCAGCCCGGCACCUGCCGCCGCCGCUGCCGCUGCCGCUGUUCGCGAGGCCGUGCGCCUCUACCUGGUGUUGGACAACUCGGGCUCCAUGGCGGGGUCCCCGCUGGACACAGCCAAGCGCGCCGUCAUCAGGUUUGCGCAAGCGGCGCCGGCGGCGGCGGGCGUGAUGGAGGCCUGCUGGCUGGUGGAAUUCAACACCUCGACCCGCGCCCACAGCCUGCUGGGCCUGGGCGGCGCCCAGAUCGAGGAGGCGGUGGGCACCAUCCCCGCCGGCGGCAGCACCUGCUUCCAUCGCGCGCUUUCCACGCUGGCUGACCUGGCGGCGCCCUCCGCCCCGCUGGGCGCCACCGCAGCCGCCGCCGCCGCGGCAGCCGUCGCGGCCGCCAGGCACUUUGUCGUCUUCUUCUCUGAUGGCUGCGACAGCGGCUACGGCGGCGUGGAGGCAGCGUUGGAGUCCCUUCAGGCCAGGCUGGGCGGCGGCAGCGGCGGCGGCAGCGGCGGCGGUGGCGGCACGGGAGCGGAGUGGUGCGUGCACACGCUGGGUUUUGGGCGGGACCACGACGCCGCCUUCCUGUCCAGCCUCACCCUGGCCGGCAGCGCGCCGGGCUCGUUCCAGUACAUUCAGAGCAUGGCUGAGCAGAUGGGCCCUUUCCCUGGAUCGUGUGCUGGAGCUCGGCUCUUCUGCGCGGCUGUGCCGCUGGAGGGGCCUGUUGAGGUGGAGGCUGCGGCGCGAGCUGCCAGCAGCAGGCUGGGACUCAGGCUGGAGGUGCCUGAGGCGGGCGGGCAGGCGGUCCAGCUGGCGCUGACGUGGCGGAAGGCGCCGCUGGGUGAGCUGGCCGGCGAGGCGCUGGCGGUCGUCAAGCGUCUGCUCAUCUCCUGGACCCACUCGCUGGCCACCCGCAGCCUGCCCAGCGCCGCCGUCCAGGCCCUGCGCGACCAGCAGCUGGCGCCGCUGAGGCGCGAGCUGGCGGCGGUGCAGGCCCGCGCCAAGGAGCUGCUGCCGCUGGGGCGGGAGGGGUACCGCGCCGCCAGGGCCUCGCUGCUGGAGGCGGCCUCCCUGCUCAACCAGUUUGAGUCGGAUGUGCUGGCUGCCGCACUUGACGGCUCCCUCACCAACCACGCCGUCGCCUCCCUCAACCACCAAACCUUCCAGCACCUCAGCAAGGCGGCGAUGAGGAAGAACCUGGGCAAGCGCGUGGGGCAGAACCUGGAGCUUCUGGAGGAGGUGGAGGCGGGGGUGGCGGCCGCGCUGGGCGAGCUGGGCGACCCCGCCACCCUGCAGCCGCCCGGCGGCGCUUGCGCCUCGCUGGGCGCCUGCGCCGUCUCCUGCCUGGACUGGCGCGAGGCGCUGGCGGUGGGCGACUGCCUGUGCCUGGGGCUGGAUGUUGAGCGGCCCGAGGCUGCCAUCAUGGACCCCUCCCGCCUCGUCAUCAAGGCCAUCCAGCCCACCCGCAUCACUGCCGAGAGCUUCAUGGACGCCCUCAGCUUCGCCCUGAGCGGCCGCAGCGGUGCAGACGUGCACGGCGGCUUUGGGCGCGGCGCCGGCGCUCGGGUGGUGGCAGGGGAGGGGCGGGAGCCCAUCACCGGCGCCCUGCCGCUCUACAUCUGCCCGCAGCACUGGUCUGUGGCCAGGCUGCACGCCAAGCCCCUGCUCGCCUGGAUGUGCACCCUCAGCCCGCUGGGGUACGCAGUUGAGCAGGUGCGGACCGUGCCCUUCCUGGUGCUGGCAAAGGCGCUGCGGGACCUCGGGGGCGGCGGGCGGGGCGGCACCAGCUUCAGGGACUGGGCGGCGCAGCAGGUGCUUGACACGUGCAUGGCUGUGUACCGAGACUUGCGCCCCCGCCUGCUGUCCGAGCUGUUUGGAGGGCAGGAUGAGGCCGGGUGCAGCUGCGGUGCAGCUGCCAGGCGGCUGCGAUACCUGGAGGGCGGCCCUGCUGCGCGCACGCUCGAUGUGGUGCCCAGCACUGAGGUCUGGCUCAUGUGGCUGCUGUGCGCUGUGAGGAGCGGAGACGCGGCGCUCUCGGCAGAGGACUGCGACGAUCUGCGGCUGGCGGUGGCAGAAGAGGAGCUGCGGCGGUGCACGCGCCCGCCGGAGGCUGCUGGGGAGGCCGCCGGCUGCGCGACCUCCGCUGCCGCCAUCGCCUCGCUGCUGGGCGUCGACCUGCAGCAGGCGGUGGCUGAGGUGGAGGCCAGGUGGCGCGCUUUCCACCCCGGCUGCGAGUAUGCUGACGUGGAGGCGGCUGAGCUGGCCGCUGAGCUGGAGGCUGAGGUGGCGAGCCUGGCAGCUGCGGUGGACUGGCGCGCCCAGCUGGGGCAGGCCGGCAGCCACCCCGCGGUGGCGGCCAUGGAGGCUGGCUACCGGCCUUGGGUGCGGCCCCGUCUCGACCUGCUGGCCUGGGUGGAGCAGGCCAGCCUUGGCGGCGAGGCAGCGGGCUGGCCGAGCAGCGCCCGCCAGCCGUGGGCGGCCCCCGAGACGCUGGCGGCCUGGCUGCCCGGCCCGGCGCUGGCAGCGCUGGCGCUUCAAAACGGGGAGGGGGCGCGCAACGCCGACCGCCGCGCCUACAUUGCUGCUGGCUUGCAUGUGGAUCCUUUCAAGCAGCCCGAGGCCCUGCUGCGGCGCUUCUAUUGCAAGGUGGUGUGGGAUGCUGUGCGGGCGGGCCUGGGAGACGUGAGGGACGCAGCAUACCUGCGCUCUGCGGCCCGCAUGGCCGAGGCUUUUGCGGCUGCCGCCAGCCUGGAGGCUGCGGCAGACGCCAUCGAGGGCUGGCGCCUGGGCCGGCCUCACGCCCUGCGCCUGCUGCUGGACGCGCUGCGGCGCGCGGGCGGCGCCCCGCUGCCGCUCCCCAAGAUGCGGCUGCUGAUGAGCUGGGGGCUGGGCCGGCGCCUGCUGCGGGGCGACGAGGACAGGCGCAGCCCCGCGCACGCCGCCGCAGCACUGGGCCAGGCCGCAGCCAAGGUGCAGGCGGAGGUGGAGGUUGGGGAGGCGGGUGGGCUGGGCUCGCCCACCGCCUGGAUUCCCUCACGCCGCCACGUCUACCGCUUCCUCCAGGCCAACCACCGCCAGGUGGACCUGCCCGAGGCGCUGGAGCUGUUUGGGGGCUGCAGGGGGGUGGACGAGGCCUACCUGCGCCUGCAGUAUGCCGACGGCUUCACGAGCACCGCCAGGCGCAAGGCGUUUCGGGAGUGGCGCGAUGCGGCGUGA